CGCAAUCUAGUAGAAGAUAAACAUUAGUAUUUUUAGUUCUAGAUUAUAAGAUAUCAAGAAAUAUUAAAAAUGGCUAUGUAAUAGUAUUUUGUAAAAGCAUUCCUAUUAAAAAAAUACAUAGAUAGUGAUCUAUAUAAUAAUGAAGUUAUAACUGUCUACAGUACUUUCAAAUAACUUUGGAGAUGAGAAUAUAAGGAAAAAAAAAAGGAUUGAUGUGUUGCAUUAAAAAUCACAAGAAAGAAUGGCUAUUGGGGUAUUUCCUGUUCUUAAAUUAGGUGUAUUACUUAUCAAACAAAUUAGUAAACCUUUGGCUAAAUUAAUAGUUAAUCAAGCUAAAAAUCAUCCUGUAUUUCGUACAUACUUUAUUAUUCCACCUGCUCAAUUUUAUCAUUGGGCAGAAGUUAAAGGUAAAAUGUAUAUGAUGAACCUUGGAAAACCAACAAAAGUAGCUAAGUUAAACGAAGCUAUGGCAAUAGAAUUAGGAUCUAAUUUAAUGGGAGAAGUUAUUAUUUUUAGUCUUGCUGGUGGAUGUUUAAUAUUUGAAUAUAAUCGUCAAGUUGCUAAAGAAAUAAAAAAAGAAGAGGCACGUAAUGCACAGAUACAAGAAUUUAAAAAUAAUAUCGAAUCAUUACAAAAUAAUAGUACACGAUUACAAAGUGAUAUUAAUUAUUUACAAGAUGUUAUAAAAGAAUUAGCAAAACGAACGAAGUAUCAAUUACCUGAACAACCUGUGUUAACGGAAAUUGUGGAAAAAGUUGAUCAAUCACAAAGUACAAAUACAACUACAAUAAGCACAGAAGCAACAGACAAUAAUACAGAAGUAAAAAAGUCAUUGGUUCAACGCGCUAUAACAUAUUAUGAAAAUAAUGUUAAAGCUGAUAGAUAGAAUUAGGUAAUUAGAAUUAUUUAUAUUUAUUUGAAUUGUGUACAAUAACACGGAGAUAUUUUUCCGUCAUGUGAUUAGCAAUAGAGAUUUCUUAUGUUUUUUUUUUU